CAUUUAAAGCAAAGAGUUUAUUUUAAACUGAAAUGUAAGUUUUCCUAGAUAAGAAGUUUAUUUUGAAAGAGCCUUUAGUUUACAUCAUUUCCUGUUAAAAUCUUUCGGUCUCUUCUUGGAUCUUCCCGCAAGCAUGACAGACUCUUGUGAGCUUAAUCCAUGAUCAUCCACUGUCAUCAUCAUUGAGGCAAUGCUGUAAGUUUAUCCAGUAAAAGUUAAAGAAUUAUAUAAUGUGGUUUGUUGUGAGUUUGAAAUAAUUUGGAGAAGUUUUUAUAUUUAAAGUUAUAUUUUAGUCUGUAAAGAGAUACUUACUAAAAUAUAAAGCUUUAUUUAUAACUGCACCUAGAAACAUGUUUUGAAGUUAUGUACUGAAUGUUAUUUUAUAAUGUUUGUUGCAGUUUUCACCGAAAGUUGUUGAAGAAUUGUGGAAGUAAAUGGUGAAUCUUACGACGACUUUCUCUUCAUUCAACGCGGUUUAGCUGGAUGUUUAGUAAGCAGUUUUGACACGCUGAACAAGAACAUUACAGUGAAAAAGCAUUAUUUGAUGAUUGAGAGUGAGCAACAUGGCAUCAAGUCACAGAUCAUCCUCACGCAGUGUUAGGAGCACCAAAAGCUCAACGUCAUCAGCAAGUGUGGUGCAAGCCAGAGCCAAAGCUGAAGCUGCAAAAGUAAGAGCAUCAUAUGCUGGUGAUGAAGCAAAACUUAAGUUCGAAAAGGCUGCAAGAGAAGCAGAAAGAAAAACAAGAGAAGCACAAAAUCAACUGGAAGCAAUUCGGAUUGACACCGAAUUAGAAGUAUUAACACUAAAAAGAGAAGCAGAGGCAGCUAUUGUGGAGGCUCAGGUUUUAGAGGAAGCUGCAGCAAUGGAGUUUGUGGUUGAUGAUGAAAAGGAUAAAUCAGAAAAUAUAAAAAUUCAGCGAACAAAGGACUAUGUUCAGUCGCAGAUUGAGUUCAAGAAAUCAUCUUCAAGUUCCUCUUCAAAAGAUCCACAAUCAAAAUCAGCAAGAAAGGCAGAGUCACAAAAUAGCUUUGUAACAUGGGACCCGCCACCAAACCCUUCAGGGUUACAACCUGUUGGUGAAAGACUAAGCUCAAGAAGAGAAGAUAAUGUUGGCUUGCAAACACCAAAUGCAAGUAAGCAAAUCGAAUCAGAAAGACAAUUUAAAGCGGAAAAAACAAAUGCCAUCAUGAAUGUACAUGCUCCAUCAUAUGUACCCCCACAUGAUACCUCUGCCAUGAUGCUGCACCAAGCUGAGCCGCUAGCACAAUACUUGGCACGGCGAGACCUUGUCACCUCUAGCCUUUACCAGUUCGACGACAAACCAGAAAAUUUCCGAGCAUGGCAGUCAUCAUUCAAUAACGCAGCUGCUGAUGUCAAUCUUACAGCUAGUCAGGAGCUAGACCUCAUGAUUAAGUGGCUUGGAAAAGAAUCUGGUGAGCAGAUCAGGCGUGUCCGCUCCGUCUACAUAAACAAUAUUGAUCUGGCCCUGAAAAAGGCAUGGGAAAGAUUAUGCGACUGCUACGCUGCUCCGGAAAUAAUCGAAAAGUCGCUCUUUCAACGACUGGACAGUUUUCCCAAGAUCUCAGCCAAAGAUAACACUAAAUUACGUGAACUGGGAGAUCUUCUCAUGGAAAUCCAAGGAGCUAAAGAGGAUGGAUACCUGACUGGCUUGUCAUAUUUGGACACAUCGCGUGGAAUCGCACCAAUUGUGGAUAAACUUCCAUAUGGACUGCAGGAAAAAUGGAUGUCUUCAGGAUCAUCGUACAAAGCAGAAAACAAUGGUCGCUUUCCCCCCUUUGUUUUUUUUUGUGACUUCAUCUGUCACGAAGCAAAAAAGAGAAAUGAUCCUAGCUUUAUGUAUCAAGGCAUAACACCAAGCACUAAACCUGAGAAAUGGUUUGUAAAGAAUUUCAAUCCAAACAAACCCAUCACAGUUCAUAAAACAAAUGUCUCUUCUGCCAGCAUAGAUCUCAAUAAGAACUGCCCUCUGCAUGACAAGCCACACCCUCUCAAAAAAUGCAGAACAUUUAGGAAAAAGCUCAUUGGUGACAGAUUAGCCUUCCUCAAGGAGAAACGAAUAUGCUUCAAAUGUUGCUCCUCAACCUCCCACCUUGCCAGAGACUGCAAAAUGUCUGUGAAAUGCUCUGAAUGUGGAAGUGUCAAUCAUGAUGUAGCCAUGCAUCCUGGACAAGUACUUCAAAAUGCCAAGAUCUCUCCACCACCGCAAGAGAACGGCGGGGAGGAAGAAAAGUCUAACAUGUAUGAUGUUAGCACAAGUUGCACUGAAGUUUGUGGUUCAGGUCAAUGGGGUCGCUCAUGUUCCAAGAUCUGUCUUGCUAAGAUUUUCCACAAAAGCAACAAGAUGAAAACUGUCAAAGCUUAUGUAAUUUUUGAUGAUCAAAGCAACCGAUCUCUGGCUCGGCCAGAGUUUUUUGACCAGUUUUGUGUAGAAAGUGAGCCAUUCCCCUACCACCUUACAACUUGCUCUGGAACGGUGAAGACGUAUGGCAAGCAGGCAGAAGGGUUCCAAAUUGAGUCACUGGAUGGCAAAACUCUAAUUUCUCUUCCACCUCUCCUGGAGUGUCAAUCCAUCCCAAACAACCGGGCUGAAAUCCCAACCCCAGACUCAGUUUUGCAUCAACCACAUCUCCAGCACAUUUCCCAGUGUAUUCCAGAAUUGGAUCCAAAAGCAGAAAUACUCCUGUUGCUUGGAAGAGAUGUACUUAGAGUACAUAAAGUCAGAGAGCAGAUCAAUGGACCAAACAAUGCCCCCUUUGCUCAGCGUCUGGAUUUGGGUUGGACAGUGAUUGGUGAGGUCUGCUUAGGCAAAGCACAUAAACCCACAGUCAAUACGUUCAAGACCAGCAUAUGGCAGACCAAUCGCCAUUCAAUCUUUGAACCCUGCUCCAGCUCAAUGUGUAUAAAAGAAACGGAAGAAGAUUUCAACAGACCUGGCAAAUCACCAGAGAAGAUGCUAGGACACUCUGUCUUCAGUUGCACAGAUCAUGACAAUAAACUCGCUCUGUCAAGGGAAGAUGCACUCUUUUUAAAGAUCAUGGACACAGCUGUAUACAGGGAUGACGCCAACAAUUGGGUUGCACCACUCCCAUUUAAAGAACCACGUCAGCGCCUCCCAAAUAACAAACAGCUGGCUGUUAAUCGAUUUACCUCUCUCCAGCAAACGUUAAAAAGGAAGCCUGUGAUGCAAGAACAAUAUUUAGCGUUCAUGGGAAAAAUAUUAGCCAAUGGUCAUGCUGAGGUAGCUCCACCUCUGAACCAGAAUGAAGAAUGCUGGUACUUACCAUCUUUCGGCGUAUACCAUCCACAAAAGCCAGACCAAAUCAGAGUUGUGUUUGACUCCAGCGCCAAACAUUGUGGAAUCUCUCUCAAUGAUGUGCUCCUCACAGGACCCGACCUUAACAACUCUCUUCUUGGUGUCCUUCUACGUUUUCGGAAAGAAAAAAUUGCUAUCCUUGCAGACGUUCAACAAAUGUUCCACUGUUUCUUAGUGCAUAAAGACCACCGCAACUUCCUCCGCUUUUUGUGGUACAAGAACAAUGAUCUCAGAGAGCCUGUCAUUGAGUACCGGAUGAAAGUCCACGUCUUUGGCAACACACCAUCACCUGCAGUUGCUAUCUACGGGCUGCGGAGGGCCAUCAGAGAAAGUGCUCAGAAACAUGGUGAUGACACAGUCCUGUUUGUUGAAAGACACUUUUACAUGGAUGACGGUUUAAUAUCUGUCUCCUCAGAAGCAGGAGCCAUCAACCUUCUCCAACGAACACAGACUUCACUCGCAGAAUCCAACCUUCGAUUGCACAAGUUUGUGUCAAAUUCCAAGGCAGUCACGGAAGCAUUCUCCCCUGAUGACUGUGCUGCUGUAGUCAAAGAGCUAGAUCUAAGUGGAGAGGAAGUACCCAUGCAAAGAAGUUUGGGACUGCUCUGGGAAAUCCAAACAGACACCUUCACCUACGCUGUAUCAAACAUGAGAAAACCAUACACUCGCCGUGGAAUUCUUUCCACUGCGAACAGUGUCUUUGACCCCCUGGGCUUGUUGGCACCCGUCACCAUCCAGGGAAGAGCCCUUCUCAGAGAACUUACAAUGCAGCUGUCAGAUUGGGAUACGCCACUUUCAGACGAUAAGUUCAGGAUCUGGGAGAGUUGGAGAGACUCCCUUCAAGAUUUAAGAGAGAUUCAUGUUCCACGGGCAUAUACAUCUUCCUCAAUGGAAGCAGUGCACACAGAAUUGCAUGUCUUUUCAGACGCCUCAAACAAAGCUAUUGGCGCCGUGGCUUACCUAAAGACUGUUCAGGAAGGUGGAAAAGCUGAGGUGGGAUUUGUAAUGGGCAAGGCUAAGCUAGCUCCUCAGUCAGAGCCAACCAUCCCUAGGCUUGAGCUCUGUGGUGCUGUUCUCGCAGUUGAAAUGGCAGAUCUUAUCCAGGAUGAGCUUGAUCUAAAGUUUGAUGCUGUUCAGUUUUACACAGACAGCAAAGUCGUCCUUGGAUAUAUUUGUAAUGAGACAAAGCGUUUCUAUACGUAUGUCCAUAAUAGAGUCCAACGUAUACGCCAGUCUUCAACUCCAGAGCAGUGGAAUUAUGUUCGCACAGAGGAGAACCCUGCAGACCACGCAUCAAGAUCCUUAUCAGCAUCUCGCCUUUCCCAAACAUCUUGGUUUACUGGUCCUUCCUUCCUGCAUAAGACAUCAACAGCCACAACACAACCUACAGGGAGGUUUCAGCUUAUUGAACCUGAGAAAGACUCUGAGAUCCGUCAACAAGUGCAAACAUGUGCUACUUACGUUGAAGAAGCAAUGUUUAAUGUUGAUCGUUUCCACCGCUUCUCCACUUUUGCUUCCAUUGUUAAAGGACUUGCCUUCCUCAUCCACAUGGCACGAGCCCACAAACAGUCAAACCCAAAAAGCAAGUGCAGUGGAUGGCACAAAUGCCAUCUACCUCGCACUGCUGAUGAAAUGGCUCAAGCAAGAGAUGUUGUAUUGAAAGCGGUUCAGAGGACAGCCUUCUUAAAGGAAUUGUCAGCGCUGCAAUCCAACCAAGCAGUGGCUAAAAACAGCCCCUUACAAAAACUAAGUCCAACCUUGGAUGGUGGAUUGUUAUGUGUUGGAGGUAGACUCAAUAAUUCUGAACUGACAUCUGUGGAAAAGAACCCAAUAAUCCUUCCUAAGGACAGCCACAUCUCUCUGCUACUCACACGGCAUUACCAUGUUCAGGUAAAACAUCAAGGCCGUCAUCUGACAGAAGGAGCAAUCAGAGCUGCAGGCCUAUGGAUUCUGGGAGGAAAAGCACUAAUUAAUUCAGUUAUCCACAAGUGCGUGACCUGUCGCAGGCUGCGAAGGAAACCAGAGGAACAAUGCAUGGCUGACUUACCUUCAGAGCGCCUUACAGCUUGUCCUCCAUUUACAUACGUGGGACUUGAUGUCUUUGGGCCCUGGUCUGUCACAGCUAGACGUACCAGAGGUGGGCAAGCAGAGAGUAAGCGAUGGGCCAUUAUGUUCAGCUGUCUUAGUUCGAGGGCUGUUCAUAUUGAAGUGAUUGAGUCAAUGGACUCCUCCAGCUGCAUAAAUGCUCUUAGACGCUUCUUUGCACUCAGAGGCCCUGCAAAGCAACUCCAGUCCGAUUGUGGUACAAACUUCAUUGGAGCAUGUAAAGAGCUUGGCAUGGACAAAACUGUGCAGAAGUACCUGAGUGAACAGGGAUGCAGCUGGAAGUUUAACCCGCCACGUGCAUCACACAUGGGAGGCUGCUGGGAGCGCAUGAUUGGCGUUGCCAGGAAGAUUCUUGACUCUAUGUUACUACAGCAAAAGAGUAAUCUAACUCAUGAAGUGCUUUGCACAUUUAUGGCAGAAGUAACCGCCAUUAUGAAUGCUCGACCACUCUUACCUGUAUCAGCAGAUCCACAGCAACCUUUUAUCCUCUCACCAUCAAUGCUCCUUACACAGAAGUCAGGAGUUCCCCCUCCUCCUGGAGACUUUAACAACAAGGACCUUUACACAAACCAGUGGAGACGGGUGCAGGCCCUUGCAAAUCAGUUUUGGAGCAGAUGGAGCCGAGAAUACUUACCCACUCUGCAAAGCAGACAAAAAUGGACUACACCACGUAGGAAUCUUCAAGUUGGAGACUUAGUCCUGCUCCGAGAUAAGCAAACUGUUCGGAACUGCUGGCCAAUGGCUAGAAUUACUGCUACGUUUCCUGGACAAGAUGACCUUGUACGGAAGGUCGAAGUGACAACAGUUGAUCAGGGAACCCCAAAGACUUUUCAGAGGCCUGUCACAGAAGUUGUUCUGCUUCUCCCUACAGACUGAUGUUUAGAUUUCAUUACAGUUAUAGUGACCUCACAGAGGCCAGACGGGGAGUGUAAAGUUUAAAAGCAUUUAAAGCAAAGAGUUUAUUUUAAACUGAAAUGUAAGUUUUCCUAGAUAAGAAGUUUAUUUUGAAAGAGCCUUUAGUUUACAUCAUUUCCUGUUAAAAUCUUUCGGUCUCUUCUUGGAUCUUCCCGCAAGCAUGACAGACUCUUGUGAGCUUAAUCCAUGAUCAUCCACUGUCAUCAUCAUUGAGGCAAUGCUGUAAGUUUAUCCAGUAAAAGUUAAAGAAUUAUAUAAUGUGGUUUGUUGUGAGUUUGAAAUAAUUUGGAGAAGUUUUUAUAUUUAAAGUUAUAUUUUAGUCUGUAAAGAGAUACUUACUAAAAUAUAAAGCUUUAUUUAUAACUGCACCUAGAAACAUGUUUUGAAGUUAUGUACUGAAUGUUAUUUUAUAAUGUUUGUUGCAGUUUUCACCGAAAGUUGUUGAAGAAUUGUGGAAGUAAAUGGUGAAUCUUACGACGACUUUCUCUUCAUUCAACGCGGUUUAGCUGGAUGUUUAGUAAGCAGUUUUGACACGCUGAACAAGAACAUUACAGCCCCAUUGACCAUAUUCAGGUUGAUGAUACUCAAUGCACAAAAGCCAUGUAUUUUUGUAAGUGCUGUGCAUUUUUAUGACAGACUGUGUCAUGGUGCCUCCGGGAGUCCUCUCCUCCCCCCUCCCUUCUCUGCUCUGCUUAGAUUGGAUCCAGCUGUUGGCACUCACCGCAACACCUGCCAGCUCUACUUAAGAGGAACCUUCACCAGCAUUCAUCGCCAGUUUGUUGCACCUCUAUGGUGCAUUACCUGGUUUCAAGUUUUUUUUCUCUAGUUUGCGCUUUCCAUGCUUUGUACUAAAUACAAGUUCUCCACCUCGUCUCCAGGACAGUUUUUGCGAGUGCCGACCUGGGUCCUAUCUCCACACAGGCAGACUGGAUAUCACCAAAGAUCCAAAGCCUCCAGUCACGCCUAAACUCCACGCCACGCCACUGCUCCCAGCCGCUUCACUAGAAUUGCCACGCCGUUGGAUAUUCAACAUUCAACUCACCCACUGGUCCUCGUCCAUCAUCAUUGACAACUUAUUGGAAAAAAACAUCCUUAACUAAAUCCAUUUGGUUCUCCUUAGGUCCUUCCGGGUUUCAGCAUCCGGGUCUGCUCAGCCUAGCUGAUCAUGACACACUGACUUCUCAUCGUGUUUAAAAAAACACCUUUAGUACCAGCUACAAAGUUGAUCUCCUUUUACAGAUUUAGAUCUAUCACUUCCUAACUCCUCAAGAAUUAUUGUUAAGUUACUUGGAAAAAUAUUCAAAACUAGCUGUGGAGUUUUUACAGUGUUUGCAUGCUGAGCUAGCUAAAGUGCCGUUCCCGUUACUGUACUUGCAUAUUUUUUACCAGAAUAUUGUGGAAAUGUGAUACAUUACUCACUGGCUCAAGCUAAAUAAAACAAUAUAACACACGAUAUGACUAUAUCAAGAAUGUGGGUGUGGUUAGAAAAAAACCUCAGUUGCCAAAGAAAUCCAAAAGUUUACUUUUGCUGAUUCACAACGGUUACUACGGAGAUAAAACUGACAGAAAAGCCACCAUUUUGAAAAAAAAAAAGAUUUUUUUCUCUCUCAUCAAUUUGUCACGUGGACUCUGACCAGGCUAGCAGAGGCAGAGGGAGGGGAGUCAGUCAGGCUAUGUGGGCCGUGAGGCCUGUGGCGGAGCAUCAACAGCUCUGCCAGUGCUAGAGAGUGAAAAGAGGGAGGCAGGGGUGGCGGCCCAUCAGUGUGGCCUUCCUUCAGAGACGUUGGGGGAAAAAAAGGUACUGUAUAAAUACUCUUUGCUGGCUUUCCAGUCCUAAAAAGUCUUAGCCAGAAAGUCCCACACAGCAGCAUCUACCAACCUCUGCUUUAGCACAGUAAAGAACAUAUGUUCAUUGAUGAAGGAAAAUGGAUAGAUGGAUGGAUGGACAAUUCUUCUUAUUUCCAUCACUCAUGUUAAUUAAAACAUAGCUGGUAUUUGUUAGAUAGCACAGUGCCAGACCCUGUUCUGACUUGCUGCUCUGUCAGACUCAAAAUAGGAGUUCUAACAAUAAAACUGUUGUGAGUUUU